CAGAGAUGUGAACACAGCUGUGAUGGAGUUACUGAUCAUGGCUUAUGCGCUGAAGACUGCCUGUGCCAGGAAUAUUACUGGAGUCAUUCCUUAUUUCCCCUACAGCAAGCAGAGCAAGAUGAGGAAGAGGGGUUCCAUCGUGUGCAAGCUCCUGGCGUCCAUGCUGGCGAAAGCAGGUUUAACUCACAUUAUCACUAUGGAUCUUCAUCAAAAGGAAAUACAAGGCUUUUUCAGCUUUCCUGUGGACAACCUUAGAGCCUCACCUUUCCUGCUUCAGUAUAUCCAGGAAGAAAUUCCAAAUUACAGAAAUGCAGUCAUUGUAGCUAAGUCUCCUGAUGCUGCAAAAAGGGCCCAGUCCUAUGCUGAGAGACUACGUCUGGGUUUGGCUGUCAUCCACGGGGAAGCUCAGUGCACAGAGCUGGACAUGGACGACGGUCGCCAUUCUCCCCCGAUGGUCAAAAAUGCUACUGUGCACCCGGGCUUGGAGUUGCCGUUGAUGAUGGCCAAAGAGAAGCCACCAAUAACUGUCGUCGGAGAUGUUGGAGGCCGCAUCGCAAUCAUAGUGGAUGACAUUAUUGAUGAUGUGGAGAGCUUUGUGGCUGCUGCAGAGAUCCUGAAAGAGAGGGGUGCCUACAAGAUCUACGUCAUGGCCACCCACGGCAUCCUGUCUGCAGAUGCCCCCCGCCUGAUUGAGGAGUCCUCUGUUGAUGAGGUGGUGGUGACUAAUACUGUCCCUCAUGAGGUACAGAAGCUGCAGUGUCCCAAGAUCAAGACUGUGGAUAUCAGUUUGAUUCUUUCUGAAGCAAUUCGAAGAAUCCACAAUGGAGAAUCCAUGGCUUACCUUUUCCGAAACAUCACUGUGGAUGACUAGCUUUCACUAGCCUUGGCUCUCUGGAACACCUAAGGAAAACAUGUAAAAAGCAGUGCCAUCGGUUCUGUACAGUUAUAUGCAAGGGAGUACUGGAAAUAGUCUGGAGUUAGAUAGUCUCUGUCACCAAGAUUGGUGGGUAGGAGGCAUUCAGAUAGUCAAGAAGAAGACAGAGCUAAUAGAUAAAUAACAUGGCCUUAAAUGUCUGCCAUCAUCAUCCCAGUUCCUUAAACAGAAGUUAUGGCUGCUUUCCUGGAAAGAACCUGAAAAUCUUGUUGAUACUGAAGAGUUAAAAGCAGAUAAAGUCUUCGCUCUGUACUGAUCAUUCACUUGCUUCAGCUGCAGGGAAGCACAGGUGUUGGUGUUGACCCUGGUUAGGGAAGCCGAGUGCCCGCACUGUUUCUGUCCACUUCACGUCUUUUAUAGAGAAUCCUGUUUUUCUUUCAGAAACCACUGUGCCUACAGCCAUUAAACAAUGAAGCAUUCAUGUUGUUACUCCCCCCAAGGACAUCAGAUUAGAAACUAGCGUCCCAUCUCUGGGUAUCCGUGUGACUCUGAAGUUGCAAAUAAAAGAAUUUGUUGUCU